GCUGCACCUUAGCGCAAACGCGUCCGCAUACUCACGCAGAUCGAUAGUUUGCGUGCGGAGGCUUUCCGCGCCCUUAAGGAUUCGAUCUCCGAUCGACCGAAAAGGCCGCCCCUGCCUGGGCUGGCAUAGCAGCGCCUUGGUGAAUAAAUAAAUGCGGUGUGGUUAGUGUUUGCAAAACCCCGUGUGAAGUGAACCCUGGCGUGGUGAGUUGAAGCCCGGCAGAAACCAAAGGACAAGUCAGACACACGCCAGUGCGUAAGGGUGCGCUUCCGCUGUAUCGCUGGCACAAGAACAUGACCACACAGAUAUUCAACAUCGUCGUCGUUGGGGAUGGUGCGGUCGGCAAGACAUGCCUGCUGCACGCCUACACGGACAAGUCGUUCAAAAACUUCUACGAACCUACGAUAUACGAUAAGGAAUCAAUUGAAAUGAUACUCGAUGGGCAGAAGUACACCAUACAGCUGCACGAUACGGCCGGCCAGGAAGAGUAUGACAAAAUCAGGCAACAGUUCUACAAACGGGCACAUUGUUUUCUCCUUUGCUACAGUAUUGACAACAGAAUUUCAUUUGAAAAUGUGUCCACAAAAUGGAUGCCGGAGAUCAAAACGGACCCGCCCGUUCCAAUAGUACUGCUGGGUACGAAGCUGGACAAUCGGAAAGGCAAAACCAACGAGGUGUCGACGGGUGAAGGGGAAAGGUUAAGGCGCACAAUCAAUGCGAACUCGUUCGUGGAAUGUUCCGCAAAAGAUUACCGCAAUGUGGAGCUAGCCAUCGAGGAAAGUGUACGGGCCUGUCUGGCGGGCGUACCAGAACCGGAACCGGACGAUAAUUGGGCAUGCUUUCAGGGUUUUGAUUGUUUCGGGUGUAUGGCAUGACUAGAAUGUCUACCACCGUGCAUGGAGUGCUGCCUGUGGUGCGGUGAUGUGUGCCGCUCUUCGGAUUCAUGAGACUGAUUUGAUCCGAUGCCGUACCGAAUGUGACACGGUACCUUCAAAAAUGAAUUCCAGUGAACCAACGCGAACACGUUGGAUGUGAAAUUCAUACCUUCUUGCAUCAAUCGCAGUACUAUACAUCACGGAACUGGUAGCAUUGUUCCGAUACAAUAACUGUCUAUUCUAUCUCAUAUCUUCUUUUUGGUGAAGUCAUGCAUUUUGAGUUUACUAUUUAACCGGGACUAAAAAAUAAAACAUUGUAACUUUUGUGCAUUGUAUAUCUACGCUACAGCAAUGAGUCGAAAUUGCAUUCGUCUUAAAAUUAAUUAUGGAACAAAUGUUCUAUUGCAUGCAAAUAAAAUGAUCGGAUGUGUCCAUCUUUGUUACCAAAAACAAAAACCCCCUACUCUGAAUAAAGUUAACGACACAAAAGCAAUAGCAUA